UUGUUGGAGAAGUGUAAUUCGUUUUGUAUAAGAAAUAUAAGAAUUAAUUAAUUAAAAUGAAUUGUGUGGUCUUUUAAGAAGUCUGUGUCUGCGUGUGCGUGAGUGUGUGCGCUCAUGGCUGCGAGAUGUGGAAAAGCAGAGUUUUGAAAACUUAUUAAAAAACCAAAAAAAAAACAAAAAACAAAAAGAAACAAAAAAUAAUAAAAACACAAAAACUUAUCAAAUCUGGAUAUAUGUUACUCUCUCAUUUAAAGUAAAUAGAAAACUUUUUUUCUAAAGUCUUAACUUUAAAAAGCAAUAUUGAAAAGUUAACUAACUGCUAAUCAAAAGUAAUGCAAUAAAUUUUUGUUUAAAUAACUUAUUUACGUUAGAAUGGAUAAACGCCAUGAUAAUUGAAUAAAGCGGCCGCAUUUGGGGUGAUGAAAGCUAUCAACUGGCAUCAAAUGUGAGACAGUGUGAUAAGGGCAGAAAGAAUAGAUAAAAAGAGAACUCGGAGAAGCAAAGGAAAACUUCUUGUUUUUGUUUUGUGUUUCUAAGUAAUAGAAAAAAUUUUCUUUUCAAUUUCUUAAUUCCUUUUCUAUAAUUUCUGGAUACUUUAACAAUAUAAAAAAAGCUAUAGGAAAAGCUCUGCUGUUGUUAUGUUCUUAAAUAAAAUGCAUUAAAAAAAGAAGAGAAAAAAAAAAAAACACUUGCUUUACAUCUUUACACAGACAGUUACAAGUAUGGCUAAAAUGCAACAAAGGCCACAAGAAUAUCCUCGUCAGCAACGACGACAUCAAACCGAAAGCAAACAUUUAUUUGCCUCCCAUGACUAGGACUAGGACGUGUUGUAACCAAAUGCUUUAAUGCAGACGAUAUGGGCACAACAUGGCCUCAGUACAAUUUCAAUCAUUUGACAAGAAUUCAUACAGUACAGCUAUUGAAAUCAAUCACAAAGAAAAUCUAUCCAUACUUUGCACGUCCGCCAAAGUUGAGAGUCUUAUUCCAGCCACUACAACGUCGUCUAUUAUCAACAGUAGAAAACAAUUCAGUGACAACAAAGCAUCUGACAAUACAUAUAAAAAAGUUACGAUUGUGUACGAAGAAGAACAAAAUAAACGGAAAGACAAAAGUGUUCAUACAAAACCGGAUAUACUUGCGUUCACGCGUGAAAAUUUCAUUGAAAACGAUUCUGUGUUCAUUUAUAAGCCAAAUUCAGCAGAAAUAUGGCCAAACCAUUUGCAAGGUGAUGGGUGUGGCGAUUGCUGGCUUCAGCAAAACUCAGUCACUCUUACAGAUAAUCAUAAUAAUAAUGGUGAUGACAAGGUUAAUAAAUUUGUUACAAGACAAGAACAUCAACAACAACAACAACAAAAACAAAAACAAUACACACCGGGUAACGGCUACCUAUACGCUUGGCAUAAAGCAAACUUUAGCAAACAACAGCAACAGCGGCAACAGCGAUGGCUUUUUACACCAACUGCACACAAAACAACCUCAGCCAUUAGGACAAUACGUAAUAAUGUUAACGGCAUUCUUGAUGCUUCUUAUGAACAACAAUCGGUUGAAAGAAAGUUUCAAAGUCAUAAAACGAAUAUUAAUGCUUUUAACGCCAAACACAAAAUGCCAUCGAAAAUUAAUAUUAAAACUAAAACUCAAACAACAACAACAACAACAACUUCAGCAAGAAAAACAACAGCAAAAUCAUAUUUUAAAAAUAUACCGCAAUUACAAGCUUUUACAGCAAAAACCGUUAAGGAAUUAUGCCAAAGAAUUAAUGCUACUUCAACAACAACAACAACAAGAACAAUGUCAUCGUCGUCACCAAUGUUAUUAUCGAACACACAAUUAUCAAAGUUAUAUGAAACUAAUAAAUGCUGCCAUAGUGAUGAUAAACGAAAACAGGAACAUCAUUAUCAAUACAAACAAAAAAUGCAAAAAAAUUGCCUCAAAAAAUCUUUACAAUGCGAACCAUCAUCAUCCACAGCAACAAGAACAACAUCUUCUUCAACUGAAAACAUUCGAGAUUUCAAAAAUCAUGUCAAUCUAUCCCAUAAUUCGCUUAAUAGAAGACAACGAAACGAAAUCUUUAAAAGCAACGACAUCAUCAUCAACAACAGCAUUUGCAAACAAUACGCAAACAUUGAAAAAACUUGGACAACAACAACAAGUAGAGCAGCAUUUGCUGCUAUUAAUUUUCUUAUGGGCUGUCAACGUUUGGCUAAAACUUUACUAUCACUGUUGGUCAUUUUUAAUAUGCUGCCAUUAUUCUGUGCAGUGGCCUCCAAUGAUUCAGACGCUGUUAAUAUAAAUAGUGAACCGUAUACUCAGCCUUUAGCUCGACCGAGGAUGCCGACAAUAGCGUAUUUGGAACCGCUGCCGAGACCCACAAAAUCACCAAAAUGCGACCAAACAUUUGUGUCACGCAUUGGUGGACCUCAAAAUGGCACUUUUUCCGCUCCGCUUUUGCACAAUCAUAAAAAUCAUUCACGUCAAUGUCUUUACACUUUCCUAGCAGGACCCGGUCAACGUGUUGAAGUAGUAUUUAAAACAUUUAAUCUAAGAGGAAAUCCACCUGACGGCUCAGCAGUCGGUGAAUUACCAUCAUGUGUUCAUGAGUAUAUGGAUAUAUACUCGGAGGUGCAGUCUUCGGAACCAGCGGAAUUGAUAAAUUCACCAUUUGGUGGACGUUACUGUGGAACAAUUCCACCUCGCCGACGUAUCUCUAUGUAUCGUGCUAUAGCGAUUUCAUUUUUUACUAAUAAAAAUGUCACUACACCUGAUCUAUUUGAAGGAACCUAUAGAUUUAUAAAUGCAUCGGAAUAUGAGAUUGGUAUACCAAUUGCUGGUUCACCAUGUUCCUAUACGAUAACACCUAGUCUGAGCAUAAAUAAAACGGGCGUUUUAAUAUCGCCAACAUACCCGGGUGCCUAUCCCAAAGAUAUGUCAUGUACAUAUCAAUUUUUAGGUGAAUCAAAUCAAAGAGUUAGAUUAGAAUUUCGCGACUUUGAUCUUUUUUUUGGUGGACCACACUGUCCAUUUGAUUAUGUUAAAGUAUAUGACGGUCCUGAUAAUUCAUCAGCAUUAGUUGGUACAUAUUGCGGUCAACAAAGAAAUCUAGUUUUAUAUUCAAGCGAAUCAAGUUUAUUUGUGCAUUUUUAUACAUUACCACGAACGGCGAAUACACAGAAUCGUGGUUUUAAAGGAAUUUAUGAAUUUAGUGAAAGUUUUGUUAAAUUAGAUUUUAUACGAGAAAACGAUGGCAUUCACAUACGUGGCUCAGAAUGUGAUCAAAAGAUAUUAUCGAAAAAGGAAUCGACGGGUUAUGUUUUAUCACCUAAUUAUCCUUAUCCUUAUAUACCAAAAACAGUAUGUAGAUACUUCAUUUACGGUAUGCAAGAUGCUCAGCAUUUAGAACGAGUACGUUUAGAAUUUACAGCAUUUAAUAUACCAAAAGUUGAGCAUAAGGAUAGAAGCGAAUCGAAUUGUACCGAUGGGUAUUUGAAAAUCUAUCUAAAAGGUCAAGAGACCGCCGAUGCUUAUGACAAAUUUGAUUAUGAAUUAUGUGGCAACGAAACUCAACGUGUGGUUAGCGAUGGUCCCCGUUUGGCAAUGGUGUUCAGUUCCGGUGAGCUGCAAGGUCGGGGUUUUAAAGGCAAAUAUACCUUUGAAACUGAAUAUAAAAUUCCCGGCACCGCUGCACCAGACGGUAGCUGCAGUUUUACUUAUGUUAGUGCUUCCAAAAAACGCGGUGAAUUAAAUAGUCCGCGUUAUCCUUCCAAUUAUCCAUCAGAUACAAAUUGUUCGUAUCUGUUCUUGGCCGAAACCAACGAACAGGUGACAAUUGUAUUUGAUCAUUUCAAAAUUAAAGCGGAUGGCAAUCCAAACGUUACUGCUGGUGCUUAUGGAUCUAUUAACUGCUUUGAGGAUUGGUUGGAAAUGUAUGUCGUUUAUCGCGACAACAAUGAUCGUUUUCUUGGUCGUUAUUGUGGUAUGACAGCACCCGGUCCAGUUGAGAGCCCAAGGGGCGCGGUCGGCUUGCGUAUCACAUUGCAUACCGAUCAAGAAAAUGUGGCAAGCGGUUUUAAGGCUCGUUACUUUUUUGAAACUUCCAAAAGUGAAAUCGGCGAUUGCGGUGGUAAUUUCUCCAAUGAGGAUUCCGGUAUUAUUACAUCGCCCAAUUAUCCGGCUGGUUAUAAGGCGCCAGGACGUGGUAUGGCUUCGAUGGCCUGCAAUUGGAUAAUGACUGCCAGACCGGGCUAUAAACUCUCUAUUCAUUUUGAGCAUUUCUCAUUGGAAGGUGAUCCCGCCAACCGCGGUUGUUCGGCGGCGGUUUUACGUCUCUGGGUUAACGUUGAUUCCGAUCAGCCACCGUUAGAGCUAUGUGGUGAAAAACCGCCAAUUGAACAAUGGCAUUACAUUUCCACAGGACAAACAGCUCGCAUUAGUUUUACUACUAGCGAUAAAACUGUCGGUGCUCAGGGUUUCCGCAUAAUAUGGACUGAAAUACAGGAUUCUGGGCCAGGACCACCGUCAAUUGGUUUACUGUGCGAAUCCACCUACCAUUUUCAAUGUGAGGUGGGCUACUGCAUCUCGGAUAAGUUACGCUGUGAUGGUGUUAAAAAUUGUGGUCCUGGUGAUGAUAGUGACGAAUUGCACUGUAUCACAAAAGCGCCAGCGGAGGAUCACGGCGUUCUCAUUAUAACAACACUUCUCGUCGUCUCGUUCCUAAUUUGUCUCCUAUGCACACUUUAUCACUCCAGAAGAAAACGUAGACAUCAAUUGAGACAAUUGGGUCUACAUCGUAAUCCUCAUUAUGAUUCGCAAACGAGCGCUACAGGCUUAAGUUCAAGUCGUCGUCAUUUACAAAGCGGUGGAGCGAGUAUAGCCGGCAGCUUGCAUGGCAUUAACAGCGGUAAUCUCAUUAUACCACCAGCACCAUUACCACCAACUAGUGUACCACCACAACCACCACAUAUUUGCAUUUCAGGCUCAAGUCUUGAUUUGACACCGGGUGCCGGUUAUCCGGGUAUCAUGAUCAAUGAUGGCCUCGAUGAUCUCGAAUUGGACGAUGACGAUGACGAUGAUGAUAUACAACCAGAUAUUUUCAUAAACGAUGUACGCUUCGACGAGGAAAGCUUGCAACAUGUGCAACAAUUGGAAAAUGUUUAACGUUUACCAAAAUUUAUCGCCAAUUAUUUGAAGCGGUAUCUAAUGAGAUUAUAAACGCAUAUAUUCAUUUCAACACUAAAAGGAAUUUAAAAAGAAAACAA